AUCUCGGAGAUGUGAAGGAGGGUGAGCGGACAGGAAGAUGAAGGGAGCAAAGCUGCCCGCCGCGGGACAGGCGUCUAGGUGAACAAGAAAAUGACCGAAGAAACACACCCGGACGAUGACAGCUAUAUUGUGCGUGUCAAGGCUGUGGUUAUGACCAGAGAUGACUCCAGCGGGGGAUGGUUCCCACAGGAAGGAGGCGGGAUCAGUCGUGUUGGGGUGUGUAAGGUCAUGCACCCCGAAGGCAGUGGACGCAGCGGCUUCCUCAUCCAUGGUGAACGACAGAAAGACAAACUGGUGGUAUUGGAAUGCUAUGUAAGAAAGGACUUGGUCUACACCAAAGCCAAUCCAACAUUUCAUCAUUGGAAGGUUGAUAAUAGGAAGUUUGGACUUACUUUCCAAAGCCCUGCUGAUGCGCGAGCCUUUGACAGGGGAGUGAGGAAAGCAAUCGAAGACCUUAUAGAAGGUUCAACAACAUCAUCUUCCACGAUUCAUAAUGAAGCCGAGCUUGGUGACGAUGAUGUUUUUACAACGGCUACAGACAGUUCUUCUAAUUCCUCUCAGAAGCGGGAACAACCUACUCGGACAAUCUCCUCUCCCACAUCCUGUGAGCACCGGAGGAUUUAUACCCUGGACCCAUACCCCACAGACCAUUAUCACCUUGACCAGCGGAUGCCCAGGCCCUACCCGCAGGUGAGCUUCCCGGAGGACGACGAGGAGGUCGUGCGCAUCAACCCCCGCGAGAAGAUCUGGAUGACGGGCUACGAGGACUACCGCCACGCCCCGGUGAGGGGCAAGUACCUGGACCCUGCGGAGGACGCCGACUCGUACGUGCACUUCGCCAAGGGCGAGGGCCCCAAGCAUGACUACAACUACCCCUACGUGGACUCGUCCGACUUCGGCCUGGCCGAGGACCCCAAGGGCCGCGGGGGCAGCGUGAUCAAGACGCAGCCGCCGCGGGGGAGCAAGGGCCGGCGGCGCAAGGAGGACGGCGAGCGCUCGCGCUGCGUGUACUGCAGGGACAUGUUCAACCACGAGGAGAACCGCCGGGGCCGCUGCCAGGACGCGCCCGACCCCGUGAGAACUUGCAUCCGCCGGGUGAGCUGCAUGUGGUGCGCCCACAGCAUGCUCUACCACUGCAUGUCGGACCCCGAGGGAGACUACACAGACCCUUGCUCGUGCGAUACCAGCGACGAGCAGUUUUGCCUCCGGUGGGUGGCUCUCAUUGCCUUGUCUUUCUUGGCCCCCUGUAUGUGCUGUUACCUGCCCCUCCGGGCCUGCCACCACUGCGGAGUCAUGUGCAGGUGCUGCGGCGGGAAGCACAAAGCGGCCGCCUGACUCAGUUUCUCCCCCCCCCCCCCAUUCCCUUCUCCCUUGCCUUCCACCCCCCCCCCCAUCUCCAUCCUCAGCCUCCAGGGAACUUGUUGUCUCUUACACACCCUCUUCCCGGCUCCCUUUCACCCGAAGGGGCAAGGGGAGCCACUGAGGCCUCUUUUUCUUGGUCACCAUUCAUUCCAGUCUGGGGAACUUGCCCGGUGGGCUCUCCACUCCCCAGCGCCCCGGUUGUCGGCCACACACACCCCUCCACAGCUCGUACAGUGUUCUGGUGGAAAGGAACCUUCCGCAGAGACUCUUGUAUUCUUACCAACCUGUAAUCACGCUGUCUUUUCUCCAGGUGUUGAUUUCCUGUCUCUCCUCGCCCACCCACCCACCCCUCCCCAUACCCAAUCCCCCCCCCACACACACCUCUUCCAGUUCAAAGAAGUCUGCAGUGCAAACGACUAGAAUUGGGUUUGGGGUGGGGGAGAUUGUCGUGGGUGGUGUGUUCCAAAAGCACGGAAGACUUAAACUUUCUCUGGGUUCAGCUUGCCUGUUGCUAGCGAGCACCAGGCUCCUGCAGCAAAUGUUAAGUCGGAGAAGGAGAAAACCCUUGCAACAGCAGUAGUCUAACCUGCAGCCAGUUACCUUGUGUAGGAGAUGAGCUAGUCAACAAUCUUGUGCUACAGAAUAAUAGCGCUUUAACUUUUCUACAGCUAAGUUAACCAUGUAAGCUGCGGUUUCCAUCUUUAGUCGUCAUUCCCAUACCACACCAAAUCUGUUGAACUUAUUCACUGAUGCAAAAUACUCGCCUGCAAAACGACUGAGAAUUGAGCCUUAACUUCAGAUUAACUUACGAGAAUUAAGAAAAAUUCCUUUAACUGCAUUGCAUCUCUUGGACCAGGGCUAGAAAGGGGAUUCCAGGUUUCUAGGAGCCCCCCACCCCCUCAGUUUUUCCCUGUAACACAGAACUUUCUAGAAUUGUGUUGCCACCACUUCUUUAAAAAAAAAAACCAACUUAGCAAUAUUAGAAUAACAUGGAUGAAGUAAGAAAUUUUGCUCAUUGUUUUUGUAAUCCAGACACAAAUCCAUGUUUGCUAAGAAGCACUGAAGUUGUAGUGAAUAACACAAUCCGAGCUUCCCUAACCCCGGUGACAGUUUUAUAUUAACCAGGGAGGAUUUUAAAUGCGAUACAUUUAAACCCACCAUUUGAAGAGUGGUGGAUUGCAUUUUGUCAGUGGGUUUAUGUUUCUGGUUUUCCUUUUGGACUCAAUUUCACAUCAUCAAACUCUUCAUUUAUACUUGGGAAAAAACAAGGCCAUAUGUAAAAACCCUUCCAAUGCCUAAGUGUCUUUCUCCUGCAACUCUACAUCCAGCCUUGCCACUUGGGUGCACAGUGGGUCAGGUUGCCAACUGAUUCUGCCUGUCGCCUUGCCACGUAGGAGGCUUCUAAUUAGCUGGAAAAGAGUAUUUUUCUAAUAUAUUGUAAGGAAUAGCCAAAUCUUAAUGAAGAAAGAAGCCAGGUGCUGGUGGCUCACACCUGUAAUCCUAGCUUACUCAGGAGGCAGAGAUCAG